AUGGGUUCUAUCGUGCUUCCCCACCUCCGAACUGCCUGGCAUGUCGACCAGGCCAUUCUUUCCGAGGAGGAGCGCCUCGUGGUGAUCCGAUUCGGUCGUGAUCACGAUCCCGAUUGCAUCCGCCAGGAUGAGGUUCUGUACAAAAUCGCAGAGCGCGUCAAGAAUUUCGCCGUCAUCUACCUCUGCGACAUCGACGAAGUCCCUGACUUCAACCAGAUGUAUGAACUCUACGAUACGAUGACGAUCAUGUUCUUCUAUCGAAACAAGCACAUGAUGUGCGAUUUCGGCACCGGAAACAAUAACAAGUUAAAUUGGGUGCUGGAGGAUAAACAAGAGUUGAUCGACAUUCUCGAGACCAUCUACAAGGGCGCAAAGAAGGGUCGCGGUCUGGUCGUCUCUCCCAAAGGUACGUAUUUCUCAUCCGCUUGGCCUUCGAAUAUGCCAACAGAAAUUGACGGUUUCAAAGACUACUCGACUAGAUACCGGUACUGA